GCGUAUAAACGCGUGUAUCUUCCGAAGCCUUGCGCGCACCAUGGUAACAGCCCUGGUACCGCACUGGGCGUCGUCUGGGCUGAAAGAAACGACGAGCGGAGCGCGCUGAGAAGCGACGGUUCACGCGCCUGUUGUGUAAACAUCGGAGCUGAACAGGUGAGGUGUAACUGUAAGGAGGGAAGCCGAUCGAUCGAUCGAUCACAUUUGUCCGAUGGUCGUGUAGCGCCGAGAGAGACUCGGACCACAACCAGGAGGAGCGGAGCGGCGUGACGGACACUUGAUGCUCGCUCCUGCGGGAUAUGCUGCAGGCUGCGCGCGCUCUCCGACAGCACGUGAGCGCGCCCGGAGGGCUCCACUGAGAAGGUCCGCGAGAUGAACGCCGUCACGGAGGUGGUCGCGCUCCUGCUCGGCUUCGUCGGUGUGCUCAUGGUGGGCGUCUCGCUGGAGGACCCCUACUGGAGGGUGUCGAGCGACGACGGCAACGUGAUCCGCACCGCCUGCAUCUACGAGAACCUGUGGAGGUCGUGCGCCACCGACUCCACCGGGGUCUUCAACUGCAGGGACUUCCCGUCGCUGUUCGCGCUGCCCGGGUACCUGCAGGCGUCGCGCGCGCUCAUGAUCACGGCCAUCGUGCUGGGCGCGUGCGGCGUGCUCGCGACCCUGGUGGGCAUGCGGUGCUCCAAAGCGGGAGGGGAGAAUUACGUGCUGAAAGGGAGGAUCGCCGGGGUCGGGGGUGUACUCUUCGUGCUCCAAGGACUCUGCACUAUGAUUUCUGUCUCUUGGUACGCGUUCAACAUCACCCAAGAGUUCUUUGAUCCGCUCUACCCGGGGAUAAAGUACGAGAUCGGGGAGGGGCUGUACAUCGGCUGGUGCUCAGGGACGCUGGCUAUCUGUGGAGGCGUGUGCCUGCUGUGUGCCUGCAGGACGGAGGGCCCAGACAAAGUCUCGUACCCGUACCAGAGUGCCAAGAGAACCGUGUAUUCGGGGGCCUCACAGAAGACCCCUAGUAACUACGACAGGAACGCGUACGUCUGAGGACGCCGUUGUUGGGCCGCUGCUGCCAGCACCCCAGACCUGCACAACCUUUGACCUGGGGCUGAAAGGACAUAGAACUCCUGCUUGACUUGGGUGCUGUCCAGAGUCCUCCCUCUGCAAUACUUUAAUCCAGGCAACAUAAAUUCCAUUAUAACCCUGAGUCAUCGUGCCCUUUCAGAGAAAAUAUGAAUGGCAGGAUGACUCACAGUUAUGUUUGUCGUGUAAUUGUCAUAUAAUAAUGCCUCACUUUGAUGUUCCGAACGACAAUACAGGAAAAAUAUUAAACCUAGAAAAUGUGUAAAAAAUUCUUAUCGACUGUAUUGGUGUGAAAGGUGAAAUUCAACUAACUUCUUACUUUUUAUGUCCUCUUUUAUAUGCCUUUAUAUUCUAGUUUUAUACUCUUUCAUAUGCAUUAAUAAGAAUAAUGUUUUCUGUGCUUUUAUACAAGGAAAUACAAGUAGGGAUCACUUAUAAGAGCUGAGAUGUAUAAUUUGUUUAGUAAGAAGAAGCUGUUGGCGUACAACCUUAGACCAGGUACUCAGUCUCCUUUGAGAUCUCUUCUUAUUCUGUUUGAACAAAAGUGUUUAUAACGUUGAUCUUCUCCUGUCCUGUUGCAUCAAAUCAUGUUUCAUGGUGGUUAAUUUCUUUCCUUGCUUUGUAAAGAGCUUAUGGAAUUAAAUAGAUUGAGGUCAAAACAAUACCUCAAUGCACA